ACCAAAGUGUUGACAGUGUUUUCAGAACUGGACCUAUCUGGACAGUGUUUGCAGACCGCGCAAGAAUCCAAACACAGGACAGUGUUAUCAUACCAGGAAAUACACCAAAAAGACUUAUUAGUGAAACGGCCGGCAGCAUGAGGAAUCUCAACAUACUUUUGGUCUGUUGCAGUGUGUGGUGGGCAGGAGCAGCUCGCCGGAGGGGCUGUGACACCAAGUUGGAUCUGUCCACUAACUCCCCACGUCUGUCUCAGGCCAUGGGGGAAAGCACAUACGACAUACACAGCCGCUCUCUGUCUCCCUGGACCUGGAAAGCAUCCACAGUUUCAACACGGAUCCCAUCUACACUGUGGGAGGCUGAGUGCAACAGCAGUGUCUGCUGGCUUCCCCACAGGAAUCAGGAGACAGAGGGUGUGGACAUGGGACUUAGCGCAGUGCCCAUUUACCAGGUGGUGCUGGUGCUGGAGAAGAAGCAGGGCAGUCGCUGCUUCACCACCGCAUUCCAUCCUCUGGCUGUGGGCUGCACCUGUGUCAGAGCCCCGACCACCACAACCUGA